CGACGCCGCGCCAGCCAGCCAGCCGUCGUCCACGAGCCGCGUCGUCGCAGCAUCAUGGUGCUGCUCUCUCGUUCGUAGCAGCUCAGCUCCCCCGCCCAUGUGACCCCUCCCUCUCGUCCCAUGUGACCCGCCCUGAAUGCCACUGCCCUCACACCUCAUCACCACGCUCCCCUCCCCCACUUGAUCUCUCCGUGAUCCCGACCUCCCUCACCUCCUCCCUCCCUCGCACUCCUCCCUUGCUUGCAUCCAGCUACAUUCCUCAUUCUUCCUAGACCACAGCUCAAGCCAACCAUGAUCCGGCGCGGCAUGCCGCCGCUGCUCGCGCUCCUGCUUGUCGCCGCGGUCACCGCGCAGCAGGAGGGCAACGUGCCGGAGCAGUACGCGGCGUCCCUCGCCACCCGCUUCGACGCGCCGGCGAGCUGGCCGUUCCCGAACCCGCGCCUGCGGGCGGCCUACGCGGCGCUCCAGGCCUGGAAGCAGACGGCCAUCUUCUCCGACCCGGCCAACUUCACCGCCAACUGGCUCGGCCCCGACGUCUGCCGCUACAACGGCGUCUACUGCGCGCCCGCCCCGUCCGCCUACGGUGCGGUGACCGUCGCCGGGAUCGACCUCAACCACGCCGACAUCGCGGGCUACAUCCCCGCCUCCCUCCCGCUCGGCCUCCCGGACCUGGCGCUGCUGCACCUCAACUCCAACCGCUUCUGCGGGGUGGUGCCCGACACCUUCCGCCGCCUGCGCCUGCUCCACGAGCUCGACCUCAGCAACAACCGCUUCGUCGGCGCCUUCCCGGAGGUGGUGCUCGCGCUGCCGUCCCUCAAGUACCUCGACCUCCGCUUCAACGACUUCGAGGGCGCCAUCCCGCCGGCGCUCUUCGACCGCCCGCUCGACGCCAUCUUCCUCAACUCCAACCGCCUCCGCCACCCCAUCCCCGCCAACCUCGGCAACUCGCCGGCCUCCGUCGUCGUGCUCGCGCACAACCGGCUCGGCGGCUGCAUCCCGCCCUCCAUCGGGAGGAUGGCGGACACGCUCAACGAGAUCGUGCUCAUCGACGACCUGCUCACCGGCUGCGUCCCGCCGCAGGUCGGGCUGCUCAAGAAGGUGACGGUGUUCGACGUCAGCGGCAACCGGCUCCAGGGCGCGCUCCCCGCGGCCGUCGGCGGGAUGGCCGCCGUCGAGGAGCUCGACGUCGCCGGGAACCUCUUCGAGGGCGCCGUGCCGGCCGCCGUCUGCGGCCUCGCCGGGCUCAAGAACUUCACCUACGCCGACAACUUCAUCACCUCGCGCCCCGGCUGCGCGCAGGCCACCGCCGACGGCGCGUGGAACUGCAUCCCCGGGGCGCCCGCGCAGCGCCCAGCGGCGCAGUGCGCCGCCGCGGCCUCCCACCCGUUCGACUGCAGCAAGGCGCAAUGCCAGUUCCAGGCGUACACUCCCGCCACCCCCACGCCCGGUGGUGGCAAACCUUCCAGCCCGUCCUACCCGUCGCCGCCGUCAAGCACGACCACUCCGUCGUCCCAUUCGCCUCCCAAGGGCUCCGGCACGCCGGCAUACCCCUCGCCGCAUCAGGGAUCCACCACCCCGUCGCCACCUUCAAGCUCCACCACCCCGUCAUACCACUCGCCACCUCAGGGAUCCACCACGCCAUCGCCACCAGGCUCAACCACGCCGUCGUACCCGACGCCACCGUCCAGCUCCAGCACCCCGUCAUACCACUCGCCGCCCCAGGGAUCCACCACGCCAUCGCCACCCGGCUCAACCACCCCGUCGUACCCGACGCCUCCGUCGAGCUCCAGCACCCCGUCGUACCACUCGCCGCCCCAGGGAUCCACCACCCCAUCUCCAACGCAGGGCUCGACCACACCGUCGUACCCGACGCCGCCGUCCAGCUCCAGCACCCCGUCAUCCCACUCGCCGCCGCCGCAGAGCACGCCGGGGACCCCGUCCUCGUACCCGUCUCCUUCGUCAGGCACCCCGACGCCAGUAGGAGGCCACGCGCCGCCUCCCCCGACCUCAGCCGACAAGCCAGACGGUCGGUACGCGCCGCCCCCGGGCUCGUACGGCCCCACGACGCCCUCCGGCUCGACGCCACCCUCCUCCGGCAGCCACACGCCGUCGCCGCCCACGGAAUACCCCGGCUACGCUCUGCCUCCCCACUCGUCGGGAACCCCAGGCACCACGCCUCCAUCGCAGACGCACCCAGGCACCCCGUCCUCGCCGUCGUCAGGAACAACAACGCCGUCCACGCCCGAGCACUGCGCGCCGCCGUCCCAGGGCGGCAGCACCGGCCACCCGUCGCCGACGCCGUCCGGCGCGAAUCUGCCGUUCCCGCCGGUGUACGGCAUGGCAUACGGGUCGCCGCCACCGCCAAUGAAGCCGUACAACUAAUUCCUCCUGAUCCAUCGCCGGAGCAGCCGCCCACCGCCGCCAGUAUAAUACUUCACCUCGCGCUCUGCCAUUACCUGUAGUAUUUUUUUCCACCUUGGAUUUCUUUUCAUCUCUUCUUCUUUCUUCUUAAUUUGUUGCGAGUAUUUGAUCCACGAUCUACAGAGAUUGGAUGGAGUUAAAAGAGGCCCUCCUAUGUAUUCUUUCUACCCUGGAUGCCCGGAUUUAUUAAAUUAAUUUGGAUGUGUAA